AUGAUUUGUAUAAAAUGUGGGAGAUCUAAUUCUAGUUUAUAUACAGUAUAUAAUAAAACAAAUAUAAAAUUGAAUGAAUGUAAUAGAUGUAAUGAAACAUGCGAUGGAUAUAUGGAGAAGAAUACGUUCAUAAUACUUAUGAAUAUUUUAUUCUUAAAACCUGAAAUAUAUAGGCAUAUUGUUUUUAAUAGAUUAAAAUAUCAUGAUAAAUUUAUACACAGUUUUUUUUUUAAGAUGAUCCUUUUAUUUUUGAUAAUAAAUUCAUAUUUACACCCAAAUUUUGAAUCAGGAAACCUAAAAAAAAAUGCUUUAUCAGAAAUAUUCUUAAUGAAUAAUAAUUUGGAAUCUAUUUCAGAUACUGAUUCUUUAACUUAUAAUUGUUCUUCCUAUACUUUAUUCAUGUAUAAAUAUGAUAAUAGGUAUAAAUUAUAUGGAUUAUAUAAUAUCUUUAAUAAUUCUAAUAUAUCUAAUUUAGUUAAUGUUCAAAAAGAUAAAUUUUUAACUUGUAUUAUUAAUAGCAACAAGCUAAAUGAUUAUAAUUUAUGUAUUGUUAAUAAAAAACAUAAAAAUUCAUAUGACUAUGACAAGCAAAUUAUAGAUAUGCUUCUUCAUGAAAAUAUAAAUUAUUCAAAUAAAUUUAAUAAUAAUGAAUUUAAAUUAAAAGAGAAAAAAAAAAAAAAUAAAAAUAAGUGGAUGGAAUUGGGGGCAGCAAAAUUCUUAAAAAAAGCUAUUUUGUUUAUAAAAGAGAAAAUAAAGUAUAAAUCUAUUUUUAAACUAAGAAAAAACAACUUAUUACUGAAAAAUAAUAUGAUAACUUUUAAAAACUUAGAUGAAUAUAAUAGUCUAUUUCAAAUAAUAAACAUUCUAGUAUAUUAUAACUUAGAUGAUUACAAGAUAGUUUUUGAAACCAAAGAAAAAGAAACAUUCAACUUAUAUUAUAUAAUGAAAUUCUUAAAUAAUAUUUUUUUUUAUGAAAAAUCAAAAAAGAAAAAUUAUAUAAAAAGUGAAACAAAUGUAUUUAUAAAAAAAGAUUCCAAUGAUUUCUGUUUUUAUGAUAAUAAGAAUUCUGUAUUUAACAACAUAUGUUAUGAUUAUAAUUAUUUAGACAAUCAUUUAUAUGGAUUAAAACAUUUAUGUAGAAAACUUUUAAGAAACAUAAAUUUUACAUUAAGAAAAAAUGCAGAAGAGAUAAAAAAAAAAAAAAAUAAAAAUGAAGAUAAUUUUGAAAUAAAACAAAUUAGUAUGUAUUCAAAGCUUUUAUAUUCACAACUAGAUAAUGAAAAGUAUAUCUUAAAAAUAUGUAAUUCAUCAUUUUCUCUAAAAAAGUUAAAAUCAGUUAUAAUUAACUAUUUUGCAUAUUUUUUGUUUUUAUGUAUUUUUACACAUUUUUUGAAGUUAUAUCAACAAAAGAAGUACAAAGUUAAAAUAACAAUGGUAAAAUAUAAUUAUCUUUUUAUGUUGUUUGUGCUAAGUAAUUACCCAUCUCUAAUAUAUUUUAUUUUGAAAGUGUUCAAUUAUAAUUAUAUAAAUAUUUAUUUAAACAUAUAUACAUUAAUUUGCAAUAUAAUAGCAUAUCAUAUAUUUAUAUCCAAUGACAAUAAUUAUAUUUGCUAUUCUAUAUUUUCUGUACUUACUAGCUAUAUAUUGAAAAACCUACUUAUGAUUAAAAUAAAUACUUAUAUAUAG